AUGGGAGAUUCAUUUGAGGUAGAGGAAGAGGAGGAAGAAGAGGAAUUGGCUUAUGAUGUUGAACUUCUUCCUCAUGAUCCGGGACUAAGAAUGGACAUAAUGGACUAUCCCCCUAAUCAAAGAAAUCCGCAUGAAGUUGAAAAUAAUUGUGGCGGUGAUGCAUUUGUUAAUGGAGGAUUUAGGGCAUGGAAUAAACCGGAGAGGUUUGAUAAGCAUGUUGGUGGAGUGAAUAGUGCUCAUAAUAUUGCUUAUGAGAAAUAUAUUCAAAAGGACAUUAUAACUUGUUGUGCAAAAGAAAUAACUAGGCGUAUUGUAGAAGAGGUUGGUGAUGAAUACUUUGCAAUAUUGGCGGAUGAGUCAAGUGAUGUGUCCCAAAAAGAACAAUUAGCUCUUGUUUUGCGUUUUGUUGAUAGAAAAAGUGGAGCGGUGAUGGAAAGAUUUUUAGGCAUUGUUCAUGUUGGUGAUACUACCGCUUUAUCUUUAAAAAAUGCAAUAAUCUCUAUUCUUAUGGAACACAACUUGAGUCCAUCAAUGAUUAGAGGGCAAGGGUAUGAUGGUGCUAGUAACAUGAAAGGUGAGAUAAAUGGGCUUAAGACUUUGAUUAUGAAUGACACUCCUAGAGCUUAUUACAUUCAUUGUUUUGCACAUCAACUUCAAUUGACUCUUGUUGCCGUUGCUAAAAAAAUGAUAAUUGUGGUUGGGUGUUUGAAAUUACUACAAACUUGUUGA